UAGUCAGCAACACACACGGCUACCACAGAUGCUAGGCGCUCCAACCGCAAACUGACUUCACCAUUGUAAACUAGAGGGGGAGACUGCACAGGACCAAAACAAGCUUCUGCAUAGAGAGUUUUUGAAGUGUUUCACUGAUGGCUGAUAAAGAGGAGACCAUGGACGCCUCUGAUCGCCAUGACAGUCCGCCGUCAGAGAAGAAGAACGGACGAACCUCGUUGCUGGACAGCGGGGAGGACUUUGAGGUUUUAGAUGAAGAAGACAUUGACGACGAGCCGCCUCCUCUGGAAGAUGCCGGAGGUGGGAAGGGGAAUAACACAGAUGAGUCCGAAAAGAAAAAUGCAGACACAGAUUCAGACCCUCCAGGACCAGUGGAGGAAUGGCUGGAUGUGUUAGGUAAUGACCAGCUGAAGAAAAAAGUCCUGGAGGCAGGGGAAGGACGAGACAGCCGCCCACAGAAAGGACAGAAUGUAAAGAUUCAUCUUAAAACUUGCUUGAAGGACGGGACACUUGUAGAGGAGCAGUCUGACCUCUCUUUCACUCUCGGAGAUGGAGAUGUCAUCCAGGCUCUGGAUCUCACAGUGCAGCUGAUGGAUAUGAGAGAGAAGGCCCUCAUCCAGUCUGAUGCAAAAUACGCAUAUGGUGCCCGAGGGAGUCUUGAACCAGGGGUUCCCCCCAACGCUGAGCUGUCUAUAGAAGUCGAACUGCUGGAAGCUACUGAUGCCCCAGACCUGGAGCUGCUGCCCCCUGCAGAAAAGAUUGCCCUUGCUAGCCAUAAGAGAGAAAGAGGCAAUGUUCAUUAUCAGCGUGGGGACUACGCUUUUGCGGUCAAUUCAUACAGCAUUGCCCUGCAGAUAACAGAGUCUAGUUCUAAAGUUGACAUUAGUCCUGAGGAGGAGAAUGAGCUGAUGGAUGUCAGAGUGAAGUGUUUAAACAACAUGGCCGCUUCUCAGCUGAAACUUGACCACUAUGAUGCAGCACUUAAAUCUUGUGUCUCAGCUCUGGAACACCAGCCAGACAACAUAAAAGCACUUUUCCGCAUGGGCAAGGUACUAGCCUUGCAAGGUGAAUACACAGAAGCCAUUCAAACUUUGAGGAAAGCGCUGAAGCUGGAACCAAGUAACAAGACAAUCCACGCUGAGCUCUCCAAGCUGGUGAAGAAGCACUCGGAGCAGAGAGGAGCGGAGCAGGCCAUGUAUAAGAAGAUGCUGGGUAAUCCUGCGAGUAGUGGCAACAGUUCACAGAAACACCGGGCCAAGUCUUCAUGGGGUCUCAGCUGGAAAUGGCUAUUCGGCGCCACCGCAGUAGCCAUCGGUGGUGUAGCGUUAUCCGUUGUCAUAGCUGCUAGAAAUUGAAGCACGCCUGUGAUGAGGCUGACCCUGCGAUGUGAGCCUAAACACAGAAGCACAUCUGGUGGUGCCUUCUGACUUUUGGUCAAGGGGGGUGGAGAUGUCAGUUGGUCAGUUGCCUCUUCACUGUCACUCUCUUUUCUCUGCUAUGUUUGAGAACUAUACGUGACAAGUAAUAAUACAUCAAUAUUUGCAUAUGGGAACUGUAUUUUCCAGCCUUGUAAAUGUGUAGGUUCAUGCAUAUCUGUCACGUUGCCAGACACUGUUUUUUCUUUUGCUGCCAUUGUUUUUGUCUUUGGUAAUUAAUGUCAGAACUGAUUUGAGCAUUGAGCUUACCAUAGAUUCAAAUAGGAGCUAUUUAAGAAUAUUUUUCCCCAUUAGGACUAGUUAUUGUGAUAUGAUCCUAUGUUAAGCUAUCUUUUUAAAGCGUCAGAUUGUGAUUGUUAAAUUAAUAUUUCCCAUCCAAGAGAGAAUAUGUGAUUCCACUUUGUUUUGAUUAUGGUACAGUGUUUCUUGUUGACUGAUGUAAUGCAGGUUCUCUAUUAUUUAAGGUUCACACAUCAGUGGAGUUUCUGGCUUGUGUGAUAGCUCUCGCCCCCUUUCCAUCGACUCUACAGCAAUACAACAGUCAGUUUGUUGAGACACAGAAACUGUUUGUGUCAGUUCUUUGGUGCGUAUUGAGGCUAGAGUUUGUUGCUAUAUUCUACUGAAGAGUGUUCCUAAAAUUGUAUCCACUUCUUUAACGUGAUUGGCAAAAAUAUAACACCUCAUAAAAUAGUGCAGUUAAACAAAAUACAACAAACUGCAGCCUCACAAAGUACCAUGGAAUCAAAUCGUGGUCCGUCUGACCGUUUCAGGAGCAUCAAACCACAAAUAAUAAGAAGUAUCAAUGCAACUUAAGUAAAUGUACUUUCUUUUCAACAUUUGAUGAAUGGUGCAUUUCCUUGUUCAUAGUGGAGGCAGUUAUCACCUUUAACCCAAGGACAGAGAAUGGUACAUACUCAGUGAUGUGGCUUUGAAUUAUUCUGAGCAAGAGUUUAUUUUUAUUAUUCAAUUCCAGUCAAUUAUACCUCAAUUGUUGAUGAUUAAGACCAAAUGUUGAAGGAUGACAUGUACAAUGUUGAGUGUGUAUGGGGUUUUUUUUUUUGUCCACAAUUUUUUUUUGUCUGUGAUGUUUUUCCUUAAAUUAUAUUGCUUUGGGUGUUCAUUUUACUGUUUUUGAUUAUUGCUUUGCUACAUACAAUUAAUGUGACACCACUGAAUCUGUGGCUUCUUCAGAGUAGAUGGCAGGCCUACAGGGCCAAAAGUUGAAGUGGUUGUGAAAGUUCCCAGCAUUCCCUGUAUUUGUUAAUUUUAUAUUCAUCACAAUAAAAGCUGUCUGUUAUGAA